ACAUUUAAAGUAUUAUCUUUCAUUGCAUAUUGUUUUUCAUUUUGGUGUUACACGUAAUUUAUUAAAAAAUAGAAAGGAUAAUAGUUUCAAGUGUUAAAAAUGUCGACGGCAAUGACAUUUGGGCAAAAACAAUUUAUACCAACACCGCCAGAAAAGGGCAGUUUUCCACUCGAUCAUGAUGGUAUUUGUAAGAAGAGUAUGGUUAAGUAUAUGAACUGUAUAUUUAGUAAUAACAGUAAUAAUUCUAUGUGUCGAAACGAGGCCAAAGAUUACCUCGCUUGUCGUAUGGAACAUAACCUAAUGGCAAAGGAAGACUGGACUAAGCUUGGCUUUAAAGAAGGUGAAUUGUAAUAAAAGAAAUGAAAAGAUAAUUUUAUAAUUAAUACAGUUAAGUUUAGUUUUCAAUUAAAUGUUUUCAAUACUAAA